CCUUUACAUUUCAUUUCUUCAUCUUUUCCUAGUGUACUCGUGCACCCCAUUAAUUUCCCUUUUAUUUAUUUAUUUUUCUAUCUUUCUACCUUCUUUUAGUUUUUCUCUAUUUGGCAAUUGGCUAUGGCUACUGGGACAGGGUCACCAUGUGGUGCAUGCAAAUUUCUAAGGAGAAAGUGUGCUGUUGAUUGUAUAUUUGCACCUUAUUUUUGCUCUGAAGAAGGACCUUCUAAAUUUGCUGCUAUUCAUAAAGUGUUUGGAGCAAGUAAUGUGUCUAAAUUGUUGCAACAUGUCCCUUUGGAUGAUCGUUGUGAUGCUGUUGUUACAAUUGCUUAUGAAGCACAAGCUAGGAUUAAAGAUCCUGUCUAUGGCUGUGUUGCUAAUAUCUUUGCUUUACAGCAACAGGUAGCUUAUUUACAGGCUCAACUGAUGCAAGUGAAAGGUCAGCUAGCACAAAACUUUAUCAAUUCAAACAAUUCAGUGAAUUCUUAUAAUAAUCCUCAUUGGAGCAACAAUAUGGCUUUAAGUGGACAAAUGGCUCCAGCUAAUCCAAAUUAUAAUAAUGUGAAGUCCAACUCAUCACCACAAAGCUCAUCACUGGAAUCUGCUGAUCAUUAUAGUGAUAGCCAUGGGAUGAAUAUGCAAGACAUACAAAGUUUAGACCAUUUCUUGGAGUAUCAAAAUUAUACAAGUAGCUAGGAAUUAGACAUUUUCACAAACAAGAGAUUGGGUGAACUUCAAGCAUUGGCUUUUAGGAUGAUGAAAAUUUGUAUCUUUUUUUUGUUUAAUCUUUAGUGGAUAAAGUUACUCGAUAGUUAUGCUAAUACUCCCUCAGUCCCAAUUUAUGUGUCACUAUUUGACUAGAGUUUAAGAAAGAAAAAAAAAUUCUAAAUUUGUGG